AUGGCGCCGCUACACGACACUACGCCCAGCUUGCCGGGGGCGCUGUUUAUAGCCAGCGUGGCGCUGCUCCUCUACGGAAUUCCCGAGAAAACGAUCACAAAGCAUGUGGAUUUGAGUACGCUUGGAAAUACGGAAGAUGGAAGGCCGUAUAUUUAUCGAAAGCCGGGACACCAGCACGAGUACAGUACCUACGAGCUGUGCAAGGAUGACGGCCGGUUGGAGGUUUUCAAAGCCGAUGAAUGUGGGCAGCAGCUAGCAUUAGCUAGAUUCAAGAAUGCCGUCAAUUCGACUGGCUGGGCCUUUUUGGAAAUCGAGACGAAUGGCGAGCAAACACCAUUUGAGCAAGCAUAUGCAGCCGGCUAUCUGGAGGGCACACUCACCCGAAAACUGAUUGAGCACCAGCUCCAUAACGUGCUCUCCAAUUUCUGCACCGGCAAGGAGGAGUACUGCGAGAAGCUGAGGGAGUUCGUCAAGGAAAACCAGGCCUGGACCCAGGAAUUUUUGACGAAAACGCCGACCGAGGACCCGUAUUAUUCAGCUAUCCACCGUACCUACUACCAGCUUCAAGGCCUCAUCGACGCCUACGAGAGGCGCCGACCUACCGUCCACGCCUCUUUCGAGUUCCAUCAAAUUGUGUUCCUCAACUGGCUGGGGGAGUUCUACGACCUAGAGGUGAAGUUCAACAACACCAGGGCGGGGGUGGACAUUCCGGAAAAGUGCUCGGCAUUGGUGAAGCUAGCCCCCGACAACAAGGACCUCUUCUUUGCUCACGUCACCAUGUUCGCCUACAACCAAAUGCUGCGCGUCGUCAAGCUGUACAAGUUUGGCUAUGAUCAAGCCGCUUACCCGGGCCACACCAUUUCUUUCACCGGAUAUCCCGGAGUGAUCGCUUCGCAAGACGAUUUCCAUUUGACAUCAUCCAAAAUUGCAGUAAUGGAGACAACCAUUGGCGUCUACGACCAGCGAAAAAUGGAGCACACCAAGGCCGUCGGGCAGUUCCCCUGCUGGCUACGCUCGAUGACGGCGAGUCUGCUGGCCGACUCGGCGAACGGCUGGGUGGAGAUCUUUAUGCGGCAUCAUAUGGGCACCUACAACAACCAGUGGAUGAUCGUCGACUACAAGCUGUUCGAGCCCGGACAUCCACUGAAGGAAAAUACCUUUUGGGUGUUGGAAACCAUGCCCGGUUUCCACGUUGCUCGCGACAAGUCCGCCGAGCUCCAAUCGACCACCUACCAUCCCUCCUAUAAUCUGCCCCACGAGAAGGAGAUUGUCGAAUAUUCUGCUCUAGAAAAAUUUGCUCGCGCUUUCGAUAAAACGAGGUACCAGGAAAUUGGAGGUGACUACUAUCGGUCUGGAAAAUCGCCGAGGGCCAAGAUUUUUGCUCGGGACCAUCACAAAGCCACCGACUUUGAGAGCUUCACAAAGUUGUUGAGGUCCAUCAACUACAAAAACGACGAACUCUCGAGGUGCAACUGCGAUCCACCAUAUAGCGGUGAAGCGGCGAUUGCCGCGAGGGGAGACCUCAACGACCCGAAUGGGAGGUACGAAUUCGGGGCGAUCGGACAUCGCAACCAUGGGGCCAUCGAUUUUAAGGGGAUCAACUACGAGAGGGCGAAGAAGUUCUCGUUCCGGGCCUGGGGAGCCCCAGCCUGGGAUAAGGAGAAUGAGGUGCCGGUGUUCGAGUGGAGCGACUUCGAGCGGCGCUCGCCAAUUCGCGUCCCGCAUCGUGGCCACCCCGACCGCUUCGAUUUUGAGCACCUGGAGGUCGAAUGGGAAGCGAAUCUCGCA